AUGAAGUUCUCUGUCGCUGCCGCUGCCGCCGUCUUUGCCGGUGUUGCCUCUGCCUCUUACGCUAACGUCACCACCGUCACUCUCCCCUGCGAGAUCACCACCACCGAGGUCGUUACCGCUUACACCACUUACUGCCCUGAGUCUACUACCAUUGUCGAGAACUCUAAGACUAUCACUGUCACUGCUCCCGGCACUGUCACCAUCACCAACUGCCCUUGCACUAGAGAGUCUGUUAUCACCACCUCUACCGUCACCACCGUCCCUGUCAUCUCCGGUACCCCUGUCAUCCCUACCACCGUCAUCACUCCCUCUUCUUCUGCUCCCGUCUCCACCAAGUCCGUCACCUCUUCUCCUGUCGCUAACGUCACCACCACCUCUACCGUUGCCCAGGGUGGUGCUGCCAAGCUUGGCUUCUCUGGUGCCGCUGCCGGUGUCCUUGCUGCUGCUGUCUACUUCCUUUAA